CUUGGUGUGUGGACGUGAUGGGUAUAUAAACGCCAUUCGUACGUUGUGUACCUGUUGUGGUAUCUUGACUCUUGUGUGCGUUGGUUGGCAGGGGCGUUACUGGUAUGAUUGGGCCUAUGAUAUGAUUGAACGGGCCUCGCCUCUGUUCAUACGAAUCCGUGAAAAGAGGGUGAGGUAAAAUCGAGAGACCAAGCCUUGCACUCGGCGCUAGCAAGUCAACGUGCCUGCGGGUGAAGCCAGAGACUGCCCGUGAGGUGCUGGAAUUAUUGUGAGGAGGCGUCAGCGGCCCAGCUGACGUCGGGUGGCCGAGUCGGCCAUGGAGCUGGACCCGGUAUUCCUGCGCGGCCUGCGCCUGCUGCAUUCACGCUCCCGGGACUCGGCCGACCAGCUGCGUGCGUUGCUGGACGAGGUGCGGCUGCGCUCAGGCCGCACGGGCGGCAAGCUCUCGCCGGCCAACAUGAGUCCACGCUCCACGCCGGGCCUGGGCCGCGCCGCCGACGCCGGUCUCAAGCGCGGGCUCGAUAAGAUAAAGGAUGACCUCGGCGACAUGAACAUCAAGCGGGCGCGCGUGGACUCACCGGUGGGCUUCAAAUCGCACACGCCGUCGCCCACCAUGUCCCGCGACUCGGACGCCAGCAAGAAGUCGGAGGACUCGGACCUAAACGACACGGCCGGGCUCGAGAUGGACUUUAUGGUUCAGUUGGCGUGUGUCGUCUGUAGGAACAUCGGUGUAAGCACGGGCAAUCAGCUGAUCGAAUGUCAAGAGUGCGGCAGCCUGUACCACCAGGAGUGCCACCGGCCGGCCAUCACCGAACAGGAGCGGGGCGACACGCGCGCCGUUUGGCUCUGCGCCAACUGCAAGGAACAGCAGGCCGCGUUGGCAGGCUCGUCACUCUUGAAGCCCGCCGCGGCAGCCAACAAGCUUGAGAAGAAUAAGUCUGAUAGCCUGCUAGUUAAAAAAGAUAACAAAGGCUCAGCCGCGCAGUCGGCCGGCAGCGGCGGCAGCAGCAGCCGGCCCGGUCCCGGUGCCAGUCUGCUCAAGUCGAAAGCGUCCACCAAGUCGCUGGGCUCGCUCCACCUGUCGAAGAGCUCCGGCCAGGGCGGCCCGCCAACGGCCAAGACCCAGCUCACGUCCAAGUCGACAGCCGGCUCGCGUCCGCCGCCGUUCUCGCCGAGCGCGGGGAAGGCGGCCGGCGGCGCCGCGCCGCCGCCCAACUCCAUGGUCUCAGCCGAGCGACGUAUGCAGCUGAUGAAGAAGAAGGCGGCCGCCAAGCUGAACGAGAAGCGCAAGAACUGAUGCGCGGCUACGACGAUAGACGACACUGUCGGGGGCCGGGGGCCGGUGGUCAAUGGCUGGUGCCGUCACUGCUGCCGCCGCCAGGUUACCGGCCGGUCGGCGAGGCCUGCCGGCAACGCCCUGACCACCACUGGACGAUGUCACCCAGUGGCGCUGGCGCGGUCUGGCAGCAGCGCCUUCUGGGAGCGUUCGGCGCCGCCCGGCCUGGCGUCCUCAGGGUGGGCGCCGUCCCGGCUUGACCCGUGGUCCCGCCGCGCCACCGGCGCUGAGCCGGCCGCGCUCUGGCGGCCAACGGAUGACAGAGCUUGGCAGGGCACCAGAGGCGGCUGUAGCUGGGACGAGUCAGGUC